GAAACCUUCUCUCCGGAAUCAGCGAACGGGCUCUAGAUCAACCUACGACUACAUGCUCGGCGAAGGAGGAAUGAAUUUGUCGCCUCCAACUCCUUCACUCGCCUCCCAAUGAGUGUUUUCUAUAUCCUUCCCCCUCUUUCUAAUGGUACAAACCUCCGCGGCCGGGUCAAAGUUUUCCGGCCGAGAAGCGUUGCUACCGUGAAGUCGUCCGUCGGACAGCUGGACCUCGUGGGGGAUCACUCAGAGGCUGGCUGGGGUGCGGGGGCUGCAUGGCGUUGCCAGGUGGAAAUAAAGAUAACAUAAGGGCAGGGUGCAAGAAAUGUGGCUAUCCGGGCCAUCUGACAUUCGAAUGCCGAAACUUUCUCCGUGUAGACCCCAAAAGAGACAUAGUUUUAGAUGUCAGCAGCACAAGCAGUGAAGACAGUGAAGAAGAGGAGCUUGGAAAGCUACAGGCCGUUCCAGAAAAUAAGAGUAAUGCGGAGGAAGAAGAAAAGAAAAAGGCCAAAAAGAAAAGCAAAGAAAAAUCAAAAUUGAAGAAAACUAGGAAAAGAUCUUAUUCCUCAAGCGACACAGAAGAGGGUGAGCCUAAAUCAAAAAAACAGAAAUCCCAUAAGAAGGAAAAGAAGAAGGAGAAAAAGAAUAAAUCCAAGAAAAGAAAACUUCACAAAAAGGGGAAGAAAAAGAGAAAAAAGGAGAAAGAUUCUUCAUCUUCUGAUAGCUCAGACUCUUCUAGCAAUGACUGAGAAGCACGGAUAAGAUGAUGUAGAUCCAUCCUGAUUUGGUUUAUAAUGAUGCCCAGUUAAAAUAUAUAUAUUUUUACUGAAAAAACAAACCAACCCUCUUCUUAUUUAUAAAUGUCUCCUUCAUGUAUUAAACUAUUUUUUAAAAUU